CUUGUUUGUUGUCGCGGGCUUCGCGCUGCUGAAUGAGGGAAGCGCGUGCGGUCAGUGGGCAGAUUUUCUAUUUUGUACAUACAUUAUUUUGUAUAUACUGUUUAUGAUGACUUCAGUGGUCACUGAUGCUGCCAAGGGCAAUCGAGACAGAGCCCUACCACAAACCACACACACCUCACAGCCACAGAAACAAAUACAGGCCACAGCCGAACAGAUCCGACUUGCCCAGAUGAUUUACGACAAAAACGAUGCAGAUUUUGAGGGCAAAGUUCAGCAGCUCAUGGAGGUUACAGGCAAAAAUCAGGAUGAGUGUAUGGUGGCCCUUCACGACUGCAAUGGGGACGUCAACAGGGCUAUCAACUUCCUGCUGGAGGAGGUCACUGUCAAGGACUCAUGGGAGACAGUUGGCAAGAAGAAAAGUGUUGGAAAAGAAGGGACUGCUCCAGAGAGCAGGGAGAAGAGAGGAGAGAAGGAAGGCAGAGGCCGCGGAGGUCCAAACAGAUGUGGCCGAGGCACCAGCCACAACCAGGAAGGGCGGUCGGAAGAGAACGGGUUUGAUUCAGCUCCAGGAGUGAGAGGAGGAGACCGUGGGCACAGAGGAAGAGGGAGAGGUGUAGUAAGCCGAGGAAGAGGCAGAGGAGCUGGAAUGAGCAGGCUCUCUCAGGGAAUGGGGACGUUUAACCCUGCUGACUACACCGGCUCUGUUGAGGCAGGGGAGGCUGGAAAUGAGACUACUGAAGGAGCAGGAGCCUGGAAGGACAGUCUGGAAGAUUGGGUGGCCGAAGACUGGAAUGAAGAUCUAUCUGAGACCAAAGUGUUCACUGCUUCUUAUGCGCUUGGCUCCAAGAACUGCGUGCAGCCUGGACAGGGGAUGGUUCUCGGCUCUCUGUUGUCUAAGGUGGCUGAGGGUGACUCUGAGCUGUCUGGAUUGGAGCCGUCGUCCCCUGACACUCUCACCCAGAGCCUGGUGUUCACCAACUCUCAGCAGCACGCCACCCGGACACACACACACAGCUACGCUUCUGCUGCUGCUGGCACUUAUGCCCAUGCCGCAUCGAACAUAGACCUGAAGGCCCAACCUGACCCAUCCCCCAUCCUCGGUCGUCUGACCCAGCAUCAAAAUGCAGCACUCCAGUCGGACCUGCCGGCUCAGGCCCGAGACCCUUCUCCAUUUCCCCCACAUGAUGGGCCUUCUCCGACACUGAAACCCAACUGUGAGCCUGUCGUCACCUCGACAGAGCCGCCACAACCCAGAAACAUCAGACCACAGAGACGGAGAGCACCCCCUCCCUCUAAGAUCCCCUCUUCGGCAGUAGAGAUGCCAGGCUCUGCUGACGUGUCCGGGCUGAACGUGCAGUUUGGUGCGCUGGAUUUUGGAUCCGAAUCCACUGUGGAGAAUCUCAACCAAUCAGAAAGUAGCUUUCAGGAACCUGUGGGCGCUCCUCAAACCCAGAGCAGCCUGUACUCCAAACCCACCACCAUCAGCGAGUCUUUAGGUGGCUUGCCUCCAGCAGUAAUGGAGUCCAGUUACCCAUCAGCCUCUCUUGGUUUACCGAGCACUACUGCCCCUCCUGUCUUGGCUUCAUCCUCAGCUAGCAGAGUGGCGUCAUCGGCCACCACCCCUCUCGGUAACGGAUUCAGUGAAAUGAGGAUAUCCAACGUACAGGAAGCUGCUCCGUCCAGCACCCCUCAGCCCAUAUCCACAGCCCUGCCCACAGAGAAUAGCUUGUCAUCUUCAUCACUGUCAUCUUCCUCCUCUUCAACAGCAGCGCCUGCCCUCAGCACAGCUCUUCCAUCACUUAGCAGUCACGUGAGCAGCAUUAACUCUCCUGGAUCUUCAGCGCCCACCAGCUCUUCCCUGAGUAUGGGCACUGACGUGAAUGUGAGCCUGUCCACGUACUCUGGCGCUGUGUCGAGUGUGUCCAGCUCGACGGUCAACUCAAAUGACCUGAGUGCUGGAACCCAAAGCCUCAACGCUAACGGCGCAUCCGCUCCCUCUGCUGUCCGUUCUGCACCACUGCAGACCAACAUCACACCCUCCAACACCUCUGGUAAAGCUCCUCCUAACCUGGCUCAAGGAGUGCCGCCGCUGCUGGCCAGUCAGUAUAUCAUGGGUCCUGGUGGCCUCCUUCCUGCUUACCCGCCAAUCUAUGGAUAUGAGGACCUACAGAUGAUGCAGUCCCGCCUGCCCAUGGAUUAUUAUGGCAUGACUUUCCCUGGCACAGCACUAGCUGGCAGAGAUGGAGGAUUAGCAAACAAUCCCUACUCAGGUGAGCCUACCAAAUUUGGCCGCAGCGACUCAAACUCCCCAGCCCCUGCCACCAGUCUCUCCUCAGUGCCCCCCUCACAGUCUCAACAGAGUGCUGUCCCCCCUCAAAAUCAAGGGCCACAGAACCCAGGUCAAGCCCAGCAGGGUCAGACCCAGGCCUUCCUCAAUCCCCCUCUGCCUCCAGGUUACGGCUACACCAGCCUGCCCUACUACCCUUCAUUUGACAAGCACGGUUUCCCCACAGCAGCCGGCCCUGCGUUCAGCCUGCCCUCAGCUCUGGGAGGAACCGGCCCGCUUAACCCCGCAGGUGCCCCCGGAUAUGCCCCUGCACCCUUCCUUCACAUACUGCCCCAUCAGCAGCCCCCCUCACAGUUACUGCACCACCACAUGGCUCAAGACACGCAGGGCCAACGCAGUCAGGCCAACAGCAUGCAGAAGAGUCAGGGCAAGUCCAACCACAGCAGCUCUCCAUACUGGGCUAACUGAACGCGCCGUUUAUACUGUUACCCACAUAAACGCCCGCAUCCAUGUGUCCGCACUGUUCUGCCUCUAACAUGAAAUGCACACUCGCACAAACACACUCCGUAUCAGUUCUCCCCGUCCCCCUCCUCCAACGUUCUCCUCUGCUUUUUACCUUCUCUGAAUUAGGUUUUCCAUGUAAGAUAUUUAUGUAAGUAUUUAUAUAUACUGUAAAUGUUAAGAAACCGAACAUUAGAUGUGGUCGCUCCAUUUUAUUUUUUUUGAAGGACUUUUUUUUUUUCUUUUUUACUUUUUAAAAACUGCAGAGAUGUAGCGAAAAAUUAAAAGGAAAAGAGAACUUUGCAAUGAGAACUAGAGCACUGAUGGCAGAGGAGGGUGAACUGUGGGGUUUCAUCCAUUCAGACAUCUCGAGGGGCUUCACAAGCAUUGAGAGCGCACCACUCUUGACUCUUUUCCUCUAGGGGUAGUUCUCCCGUACAAUGGUCCUGAAAUUAAUUUCUGUUGCCUGAAAGAAAGGAAAAACAGCCCUAUACAUUUUAUAUUUUACUCUUGUUGCCCUCUGAAUAAAGGUUCUGAGCUAUUCACUAUGUUGUGUG